UUUUAAUUGAUGCAAAUCACUAGACUUGAGUGAUUAUCGUGGUGCUCUAACGUAAACACACAUAAACGGUUAAAUUGCUCCGUGUUCCAAACUGAUUCAUUCUUGACGUAGUUUUAUUUUUUUACAAAAAAAAAGUUUUAAAUUUAAAGAUCUUCUGCAACUCUCUUUCCUCUUUUUAACUUUGGGAUUAAUUUAUUUUCUUUAACAAAAUGAGUGAACAGGAAUACGAUAAAGAACAAUUGAGAAUCAUGCGUAAUGCCUUCAAAGCUUUUGAUCAUGAGGACAAAGGUUUCAUCGAACAUGGCGAUGUUAUACAAAUUUUAGAAAUACUAGGACAAAAACUCGAUGAAAAAGCGGUUAAAGCUCUAAUCAAAGAAGUCGAUAAGGGCAAUUCGGGUAAAUUGGACUUUAAGCAAUUCUGUAAAUUGGCCUCACGUUUCGUAGAAGUUGAAGAGGAUGGACCAGUAUUGAUGGGUGAAUUGAGAGAAGCUUUUCGUAUCUAUGACAAAGAGGGUAAAGGCUAUAUAACGGUAGCCACAUUGCGGGGUAUUCUACAUGAAUUGGAUGAUAAAUUGUCUAAUCAAGAUUUGGAUAUGAUUAUUGAGGAAAUCGAUUCGGAUGGUUCGGGUACGGUGGAUUUUGAUGAAUUCUUGCAAGUGAUGACAGGUUAAGUUUUUCUAUUAGUCUUUUUACCACCUUAUUUUAGUCUAAAGUGGU